AUGUCGACGCUUGAAGAGAAACAGUAUGGCGAUUCGGGCGACCGUCUCCCCGAAUCGCCUCGCACGGCCAGCUCUGGCCCUGUCGACAGCCAGGCCGACGGUCGAAUCGACUCGGCGGCCGAGCGCAGGCUGGUUCGGAAGCUCGAUCUCGCCAUCUUUCCCACCUUCUUCGUCAUCUACAUGAUGUCCUUUCUCGACCGCAUCAACAUCAGCAAUGCCCGCAUCCAGGGCAUGGAAAAGGAGUUGGCGCUUGACCAAGGGAAUCGCUUCAAUGUUGUCCUCUUUGUCUAUUUCAUCUCCUAUAUCCUUCUCGAGGUUCCGUCCAAUAUGGUGAUGAAAAAGGUCCGGCCGUCAUUGUACAUUUCGUCUCUCAUGUUCGUCUGGGGCAUCGUCAACAUGUGCAUGGGAUUCGUUCAUUCAUACCAAGCUCUCGUUGCCCUUCGCUUCUUGCUCGGCGUCUUCGAGGCCGGCGUCCUGCCCGGCAUCAUCUAUGUCACCUCCAUGUACUACAAACGUCACGAGUACCAGAAGCGCAUGUCCUUUUUCUUCUGCAGCACCGUCGUCGCCGGCGCCUUUGGCGGCCUUUUGGCCUAUGCCAUCUCCGGUGCGGCCCGAAGGUACGGGGUUCCGCACGCGGCGUGGCGCUGGAUCUUCGUCGUCGAGGGUGGCAUGACUUCGGCGCUCGCCUUGCUGGCUGCCUUUCUCAUCAUUGACUGGCCCGAGCAGACCAAGUUCCUCAACGCGGCCGAGAAGGAGUUGCUUCGUCGCCGUCUGGCGGCCGACGGCGGUGAUGCGUGUCGCAUGGACACGCUGAACAAGGCAUCCUUCAAGCUCGUCUACACCGACUACAAGAUUUGGCUCGCCGCCACCGUCUACAUGGGCGUCGGCGUAGCUGGCCUGUCCGGAACCUUCUUCCUGCCCACCAUCCUCUUGGAGUUCAGCUGGAAGGCGGAAGAGGCCCAGGUGCGCACCAUCCCCAUCUAUGUCUUUGCCGGCGGCAUGAUGCUCUUCGCCGCCUGGGCGUCCGAUAAGCUCAAGCAUCGCGUCGGCUUCAUCCUCACCGGCGUUUGCAUAAACAGCAUCGGAUACGGCAUGUUGCUCGCCCAGAAGGGCAAGUCUCGCGACUUCAAGUUCGCCGCCGUCUUUUUCGUUUUUGGGGGCGCCUACAUGAUCACCCCGAUGGCCCUCGCCUGGCUCCAGAACAACAUCUCGGGGCACUGGAAGCGGUCCUUUGGGUCGUCGAUCCAGGUCAUGAUUGGAAACUUGGCCGGCAUCAUUGGCAGCUUCAUCUUCAUCAAGAAGGAAAGCCCACACUACCCGACGGGCUACGGCGUUGCGCUCACCAUGAUGUGGGUGGGAGGACUUGCCGCCCUUCUCAUGGCCGGCCUCAUGUGGAGGGAGAACAAAAAAAGGGACGCGGGCGAGCGCGACGACCGACUGAACCUGCCAGAGGAUGUCAGGAAUAACCUCGGUGACUACCACCCCAGCUUUAGGUUCACUCUGUAG